AAAUAUGGAAGCUUCUUAAAGUAUAGAUUAGGUAGGCAUGAAACUUGUUCUAAGUCAAGGUUGUAUCAUUUCAUACAACAAAACAUACUAAAACGUUUUCUUCUUUUUAGUCCAAGUGGUAAGAAGUUCAGAAGCAAGCCUCAGUUGGCAAGAUACCUGGGAAACACUGUUGAUCUCAGCAGUUUUGACUUCAGAACGGGAAAGAUGAUGCCUAGUAAAUUACAGAAGAACAAACAGAGACUAAGGAAUGAUUCUCUCAAUCAAAAUAAGGGUAAACCAGAUUUAAAUACGACAUUGCCAAUUAGACAAACAGCAUCCAUUUUCAAACAGCCAGUAACCAAAGUUACCAACCAUCCUAGCAAUAAAGUAAGAUCAGAUCCACAACGAGUGACUGAACAGCCACGACAGCUUUUCUGGGAGAAGAGGCUACAAGGCCUAAGUGCAUCUGAUGUCAGUGAACAAAUUAUAAAAUCCAUGGAGCUACCUAAAGGUCUUCAAGGAGUUGGCCCAGGCAACAAUGAUGAGACUCUCUUAUCUGCUGUCGCCAGUGCUUUGCACACCAGUUCUGCACCUAUCACAGGACAACUCUCUGCUGCAGUGGAAAAGAACCCAGCAGUGUGGCUCAAUACAUCUCAGCCCCUAUGCAAAGCAUUCAUUGUUACCGAUGAAGACAUUAGAAAACAAGAAGAGCGGGUGCAACAGGUACGUAAAAAACUGGAGGAAGCACUUAUGGCAGACAUCUUGUCGCGGGCUGCUGAUACAACAAAAGAAACGGAUGUGGAAAUGGACAAUGGAGAUGAAACAUAAAAAAGGAAUCAGGUACUUUAACUGACUUGUCCCAGGAAGAAUUUCCAAACAAAACAGAGGCACUUUCUCCUUCGGUCUUUCAUUGUAAGAAGAAAUGGACCCAUGCACAUUUAUAUAGCUUUCUAAUAGCAUUAAAACCAAUGCCUUUUUAGACUCCUAUUUUUGAUGUAUAUAUCUUAUUUGAUAAACAAACUUUAUUUUGUGUCCUAUGACUUAAAAUAGUUGUUUUUUUUAAUAUCAAACAGUACCUUUAAACUAAAGCUGAGCUUUUGACCCCAGGUUGCAAACCUACUGGAAUUAUAUUGCCUAUACUUAAUAUUUGUUUUUCCUGUGGUUUAUAAUAAUGAUGGAUCAGGAGAAUUAAAGAUUAUUGUGACUCAAUGUAUAUAAACAGAUUUUUUUAUACUUCUAUUGAGUGAAAACACCUGUACAUUCUUCCAUCAUCACUGUAAAGAUAAAUAAACGAUUAUAUUCCAA